UAAAAUUUCUUCACUAUGAUCGCAGCGGGUUCUCAGUUGUUGUCGGCGUGUCGGGACAUCUACAUUCGUCCGUCAAAGCUGUUCGCGUACCAAAGGACUCCUAAUAUGGGAUCAUUUGUAAUUUUCACAGCUGCUCUGUGUCUCGCGUAUUUCGUGUUCAAAUAUGUCAAACGACACAUGGAGCAAGACGCUUGGUCAAAAUACUUCAAACAACCGCCAACGGUACCGAUUCUCGGAAUUUUUUUGAGUAUCCCGAAAACUCCGCCAGAAAUAUUCAGCGUAAUGAUGGAUUUUCCGCGCAUCUAUGGUGCAAAUCUCGCUUUGUGGGGCAUUGGCAACAAAGUUGACUUGUUAGUAACGAAUCCAAAGGAUAUCGAAGUCAUCAUGAAUGGCAAAACAACCAAAAAAUCAAAUCUUUACGACUUUAUUGAACCAUGGCUGGGCACUGGACUGCUCAUAUCUUACGGCAAAAAAUGGCAUAAUCGGCGAAAAAUCAUCACGCCAUCGUUUCACUUCAAAAUCUUGGAGAAAUUCAUCGAAGUCUUCAAUGAACAGGAUAAAAUUCUAGUGCAAAAGUUGAAUGAACACGUGGGCAAGGACGAAUUUAACAUUUAUUCGAACAUUAAUGCGAUUGCUUUGGAUAACGUGUGCGAGGCGGCCAUGGGAGUUAAAAUUCGGGCACAAGAUAAUCCGGAUCAACCGUAUAUUAAAGCUGUACAAGAAAUGAGUGAAAUAAUAUUCGACAGAAUCUUCAGUAUUUUGCACCAAUUUCCGACUUUGUAUGCUUUAACUCCAAAAGCUCGUCGCGGAAGGCAAUUAAUUAAAAUCUUGCAUGGGUUCACAAACAAAGUUAUCACCGAUAGACGACAGCAACUUAAGGAAAAUGGCAUUUUGCUCAACAAUAAUUCCGAAGAUAUCGAUGAAAUUUACGGCAAAAAGGCAAAAUUAUCGUUUCUUGAUAUGUUAUUGAAUGCCACAAUCGAUGGAAAGCCCUUGACGAACGACGACAUCAGAGAAGAGGUUGAUACGUUUAUGUUUGAGGGGCAUGAUACGACAACGAGUGCAAUGACGUUCAUCGUUUAUCGCUUGGCACUCAAUCCCGAUGUACAGGAACGUGCUUUUAAUGAACUUCAAAGCUUGUUAGGGACAGAUCCAGAUACGCCAUGCUCUUAUAACGACCUACAAGAGAUGAAAUAUUUGGAAAUGGUCAUCAAAGAAGCUCUUCGCAUGCAUCCUUCUGUGCCCUUAAUCGGUCGUCAAACCCUUGAACCGAUGCAGAUCGAAGGAAAUUACGUUCCAGCAGGAGUUGACAUCAAUAUUCCCAUUUAUGCAUUGCAUCAUAACGCGGAUGUCUUCCCAGAUCCCGAAAAAUUUGAUCCAGAACGGUUCACAGAAGAAGGACAAAAAAUGCGAAAUCCUUAUGAUUAUAUUCCGUUCAGUGCUGGCAACAGAAAUUGCAUUGGACAAAGAUUUGCAAUGCUGGAAAUGAAAGCAGUUAUUUCAACAAUCCUGCGACAUUACAAAAUAAUUGCAACAGAAAAAACUAGAAACGUCGUUACACGAGCAGACAUCGUUUUAAGGCCCGUUGGGGGCAUGUACGUAAGGCUUGAGAAACGUACUUGACUUUUGCUCAAAAAAAUUGAUAUUUUUUUAAAUAAAAAUAAUUUUAAUAAUAAAAAUAUAUUUUAACUCACCUUUCUUAUUAAAAAUUAUAAUAAAAUAUUAAAAAAGAUUAUAAAAUUA